AUGGAGUUCGGCUCCCAGUUCACGACGAAGCCGAUGAAGGCUUGCCUGCCUCAUGAGCGUCUCUUCCAAGGAGAGACGGAUGGCUCCUCCUUUCCCAAUGGCGGCCUGCGUGUCACACACUCUGCAGCUGCCUUCACCACUUGGGAUAGAUCAUCCCCACCUUUUGUGAUGGAUUGCUGUCUGUAUAUUCCAUGCGCUUUCAUUACCCACUUCGGGAAGUGCAUCGAUGAGAAGACGCCACUGCUGCGGUCGAUGGAUGCCGUCAAGACCCACGGCCUUCGCUUGCUGCAGGCUAUCGGCAUAGGCAAGGAUGCUCAGACAAUGCACAGCUACCUGGGAUGGGAGCAGGAGUUCUUCGUGCUGAGCGCCGCCCACUACAAGGCACGCCCGGACUUGGUGAACACCGGGCGCACGCUCUUCGGCAAGCUGCCCACCCGCCACCAGCAGGGAGACUUGAAUUACUUCCAGGCGAUCCCCGGCAAGGUACGGGAGCUUCUCGAUGUUGUGCAGGCCGAGAUGUUGAAGAUCGGUUGCCCCAUGGCCGUGAAGCACAACGAGGUGGCACCUGGACAACACGAGAUGUCCCCUGUCUUCCGUACUGCGAAUGUGUCUUGCGACAGCAACGUCUGCUUCACGGAAGUCAUGAACCGGGAAGCCGCGAGGCUCGGACUGCAGGUUCUUUUCCAUGAGAAGCCCUUCGCCGGUAUUAACGGCAGCGGCAAGCACGCCAACUGGUCCAUCGGAACUGACACCGGCUUGAAUUUCUUCUAUCCGGGAAAGAACGAAGAUGGGGCCAAGCUGUACGUGACUGCCAUUGCCUGCUUGGCAUAUGGGUUGGCGCAGUACAACGAGAUGGUGCGGUGCACCGUGGCCAGCGCUGGCAAUGAUCACCGCUUGGGAGCGCAAGAAGCGCCCCCGGCCAUCAUCUCUCUGUACCCGGGCCAGGGCUUCGAGUCCUUCGUGGAUUCCGUGGUCAGCGGCGGCGAUCUUCUAGGAUACAAAGCCGAGAAGAAGAAGCAGGAGACGGGCUGCAGCUCUGCCAUGCACAUCGAGGCUAACGUCGAAGACCGCAAUCGCACAGCCCCCUUCCCGUUCUGCGGCAACCGCUUUGAGUUCCGUGCAGUGGGCUCCUCCCAGAACUGCUGCCUCCCGAUCAUGGUCUGCAACGCGGUCAUGUCUGCUGGAAUGUCACACAUGGCUUCCCUCAUCGAGGGUGGCAUGAGCCAUCGUGAUGCCGUGGCUCAAGUGUUUAAGGAGAACAAGCAUUUGAUCUUCACCGGCAACG